ACCUUGGCGAGGCUUGCGAGUGGGCUCGAGCCUCUCCACCAACAGCAAUAUGGCGGGGAAGACCGACAGGAACACGUUUGUGCUCGAAGGGUAUGGCAAGGUGCCAGUCAAGGCGCCAGGCCUGGAGAAGGACCAGCUGGAGGAGUGGCCUGCUUUCAAGAACUGGUUCUCGACCUUGAAUAGCUCCCUCGCCCUCCAGUCUCGGCCGUCGCACCCCUUCCACAAGGAUCCCUACCGGCUCAAGAGCAUCGACAUCGACUCGUACAGCAUGUUUGGCGAGAGGAUUGGCUUCCUCAAGCUGACAGCAGAUGUGUCCACCGCCAGCGGCUCCAGACUACCCGGCGUUGUCUUCCUGCGCGGCCCAGCCGUUGCGAUGCUCGUCGUUCUCAUCCCCGACGACCAACCCGAGGGCUCGUUUGAGGAGGCAUACGUGAUUCUCACCGUCCAGCCCCGUAUAGCUGCUGGCAGUCUGAGGUUUGUUGAGCUGCCUGCCGGAAUGCUCGAUGAUAAGAGCAACUUUGCUGGUGCCGCAGCCCAGGAGAUCGAGGAAGAGCUCGGCAUGGUCAUUAAAGAGGAGGAGCUGACCUGCCUUAGCGACAAGGCGGCCGAGAUCAGGAGGGCGAGAGAUGCAGACAGCAAGCCCAACGCGGUGGACUUGCAGGAGACACUCCCCUUUGCCAUGUAUCCCUCCGCUGGGGGGUGUGACGAGUAUAUCAAGAUCUUUUCUCAUGAGAAACGAGUGCGGAGAGACACACUGCAAGAAUGGGAGGGCAAGUACGGUGGCCUACGGGAUGAGGGCGAGAAGAUUACCCUCAAGCUUGUGCCCCUCGAGGACCUCUGGCUGGAGGGCGGCAUGGACUCAAAGGCUCUCGCCGCGGCGACUCUCUACAGGCAGCUUAGAGGAUGGGAGAAAGAGCACAAGCAGAAGAAGAAGUGAAGCGAGCGCUGAUGGGACUGCUAUGCACCGGAAAUCGGGGUCCAGGUUGCCCGGAAGAAGACUACAGCCUGAAUUGUUUGGCCAGCUCCAGUCCCUCGGCCAGCGUGCCCACCCGGGCGUCGAUGGCAUACCCUUCGGCCUCCAGCCUUUUGCACUCAUCCCACAGCCUGUUCAAGGGGACGUAGAAGACCUCGAUGAACUCGUUCUCCUCCAGCUCCGGCUUGAGGUCUUGGUUCUCGGGGAGGCUCAUGUCGAUCGAGACAUGAACCAUGACGACGUUGGUGUUGCAGAAUCCGGGGUCUAAGUGUGUUAGAGGUAGUGCGCGGUCAGCCAGUCAUGUUUCUGUCUCUUUCUUUUUAUAUUCCUUCUGGACGAUCAGGAAGGGGGGGGGGGGGCGUUGAACGUUGCCAGAGAUCGCACCAUUGAACAUGAGGGGCGACUUCUCCGUCACCUUGCCCACAUAGCCAGUC